CUAUAUACACCACUGUUCCUAAUAAUACUGCCACUGCGAGCGUUGAAUAGAUAUUGCAUAGAUAUAGUAAUCUAUCGAGGUGGAAUUUGGCAUGCAGGUGAACGCCACAUUGAGUAGGGACAGAGCUUUCUGUCAAUAAACAAGCUAGCUAGCUAGCUAGCAUACUAAUGAUAGCUAACGUUAACGUGACACAUGCCCACAUUUCUACAUGCCUUUUGAGAAUGAAUUGUAGCGCUGUUUGUCGUAGUUGUCUUGAAAUGGCUGCUAAGCAGUCCAUAUAUGAUGUAGCUGGAGUCGAAGUGUAUCUGCUUUAAAAAAGCUCUAUGUGUUGAAGACAGCGAUGCACAUCUUUCCUUAGCUCACAGCUGUUGAUUGACGGCACUUCAAAUGGAACUGUCUUUCCAUGAGUUCUUGAGGCGACCCUUUCUUGUUUGCAAUUGUGAAUUCGUAAAUGAGAAUAUUGCAUCAAAAUCUCCACUGUAUCCUUGCAUUUUCUGAAACUGAAUACAUUUCAUAAUUAACUCUGCUUACCUUUAUUGCCCUAGAUAUCACACUGCAACAACCCCAACACAUUUAGCAGACAUGGCAUUUAGAAGAGAUAGAAAUGUUCGGGAUGUGUAUGAGGACAGGUUUCCUGUAGAGAGAGGGGGCCCUUAUAGGAGGUCUGGUUUUGGACGUCCAGAUGAAGACUAUGGCCGAGGUUUUGAGUACAACGACAACCCUCGAUUUUACCCAGGAGGAGGACCCCCUCGCAGUUACCAUGGCGAGGGCCCCCACUUUGCUGGAGAACACAGAGCAGUUCCCCCAGGCCGAAGGGAUGAAUCAUACCAAUACUACAGAGGUGCCAGGGACGAGCCACUACCAGGGAGGCCUAUUGACUUCAGACCAGGAGGCCGAGUUGGCCCGCUCCCCCCACCCCCCAGCGGUAGAGGUCAAGGGUCGUACCCUCCCCCGAGGUCGCUGCCAGCUUUGGGCCCCGAGGCGGGCGAUGACACGGUGAUGCAGGCCAUCCUCAGCCUGGACCGAGGGGAGGACCAUGAGGGCAUGCGGCGUAAGGCUCCAUUCCCCGCGGUGAGGGAACGCUCCCCCCUGAGGCGAGACGUGCCCCCCUCCCCCUCCCCCCACAGCCGCUCUGGGUCCAGCAUCAGCAGCCGCAGCUACUCGCCAGACAGAGCCAAGACACACCCAUACCCACCGCCACCGGGCAAGAAAAGGGAAAAGCCAUCAUCUGCUUUUAUCAGUGCGUCUCGAGACGGAUCUCCUCACAACUCUGCCUCUGUCACUAAGGAGGAGCCUCUGUUGACUGAUGCCCUGGUGGACGAGGCCCCGCCCAGCACGGAGGAACCCUCUGCCUUCUUUGAGGACUUCCAGGAGCGGAGGGCCCAGGCCAUCGCUGCUAAGGCGCGGGAGAUCGAGAAGGUGACACACACACACACACACACACACACACACACACACACAUAAAGAGGCUUGGUAGAC